ACUGUUAUAAUCUGUCAAUCCGAGACCACCCGAACAUCGAGGAACGUUCGUGAUAUAGAAGGAAAUGGCAUACAACUAUAGUCAAUAUUAAAUUUAAAUUGCAAUCUUUUAUCAAUUUAAAUAAAUCCAAGCUUUAAUAAAACUACAUUAUCGAAUAUUAGUUGAAUAUUAAUAUUAUCUAUUUGAGAUUUAAUUUGUCCAAUGUUUAUACUUUAAUAUAAAAUAAUGACUUUAUAAAGAGGAAUAUCUGUUGAUCUUUUUUGUAAACUCAAAUACCGAUACGUUCAUCUCGUUGUGUUUUGUCGAACGACAAGAAAAUUAUCAAAUAGAGAAUAGAGCUGUUAGUUAAUAAAAGUAUAUAUAUAUAUAUAUAUAUAUAUAUAUUAUAUGUAUAUAUAUAUAUAUAUACGUAUAUAUGCAUAUAUAUAUAUAUAUAUAUACAUAUAUAUUUAUAAAUAAGCCAAAGAAUUAUAUUCUGUUACAAAACAAACAAGUAUGUUCCAGAUAGAAAGAUAAGAAUACUACAUUAUAAAAAUAUUACUCUUUGUAAAAAUCUAUGGUAUUGAUAUUAUUAUAAAAUGGCAGCACCAGAGGCAAUGCAAGUUAGUUCAUUGCCCUUACCACCAUUGCAAUAUAUCAACUUAUAUACAGAUGAAAAUGUUCGUCGUGGAAGAGCACCCAAGCCUCCACCUCCAAUUCAUGAUACUUAUUCAAUGUUUGGCAAUGUAUUUAACGCCGAUGAUAGUAUCAUCAGACCCUUAGAAGCUCAAGGGAUCAAAAGAUUAUAUCCUCAACACUUUGAUCGACGACGUGAAUUAAAAAAGCUUAAUCAUUCUUUACUAGUAAACUUUUUAGAUUUAAUAGAUCUAUUAGUGCAAUGUCCUGAUAGUCCAAGACGUGCUGAAAAAGUAGAAGAUUUAAGUUUAUUAUUUAUACAUAUUCAUCAUCUCUUAAAUGAAUUUAGACCACAUCAGGCAAGAGAAACAUUAAGAGUUAUGAUGGAAUUACAACGUAGACAACGUAUAGAAACGGCAUUAAGAUUUCAAAAGCACCUUGAGAAGGUUCAACAGAUACUACAGCAUGCUUUACAAAUGCUCCCAGAUACUUCUGAACUAGAUUCCAAGCUUGCCAUUAAUAUUGAUGCAAUGGAAUCCAUUGAUACUUUAGGAGCCGAACAACAAAAUAUGGAUACAUGUAGUCAAAGUGAUCGUAUUAUGUGUAAAACGAUAGAUGAUAUGAUAGCAUCAAACAAUUUAUUUUAAGAUAUAAAUAUAAUGUUAAUCAUCAAAAGCAUCUGUAUUAUAUUAAAUAUUCGUAUAAAAUCCUACUUUAUACAUAGUGAUUAAAUAUGUUUUCUUUCAUAAA